AUGACUCCCCAAACGCCAACUAGACCGCUCUGCAAGAGGUGCCAGCAACGACCCGUCUUCGUGGAGAAUGGCCAUAUGCAUGAAUACUGCGGUCGUACGUGUGCUGAAGCACAAGAGGGACGCAAAUUGAACGCGUGUCUAUUGGUCGGAUGUCAACAAACCGGCAGAGCUGCACACGCUGACUUUUGUUCCACUGAACAUGCCAUGGAAGGUGUUCGGAAGCGACAAAUAGCGUCUUGCAAAGUCUGUCGCGCCUACCCCAAGGUGACUGCUGACGGGUUCUGUAAUGCUUGCAAGCAACAGCUGUCAUCCCCCACGAUCACCUUGGAAUCUGCAUCGUCUCGCUUUAAAGAAUUGAGUCGCAUUUCUGGAGAAGCCAGAGAAGUCAGUAAACACUUCAUCAGAUAUUGGGAUCCAUCGGGUGCCAAGUCACCUACUCUGCGCAAGAUUUACAAGGUCAGAUCCACGGCUGAGGAAAACGAGUCGUAUAAGGAUUUCAAGAAACGUGUCAACAAGCCCAAAGAAGUGCGCACAUUUCAUAGCGCACAAUGCAUCUGUGAUCUGGGAGAGAAGUCGCCCGAGGUUUGUCAAUACAAAUCAUGCGGUAUCUGUAGUAUCAUCAAGUCGUCUUUCAAUGCCUUCGAAUUUGGCGAACCUGUCAAUAACGGGAGAUUCGGAGAGGGAAUAUAUUCCCACAAGUUUGCGGUAUACGCUGAUCGUUUUGCCACUUCCUGCACUUCAUCCCAGUAUCGGGUAACAAUCUUGAGUGACGCGAUCGUAGAUUCUAGUACCGAGAUUCCCGAGGACGAGUCAUUAUUCGUUCCUACCCCCGACGCUAUCAUCCCACGAUAUGUCCUCAUGUACGACAAGUAA